AUGAAGGAAAUGGGACUAACACUACCUUUCAGUGAAACUUGCACUGAGCUGACGGAGAUGGCACAUCUUCCCAUUGGUGUACCAUUCCAUAUCUCACAAAUAAUUCAGAAGACUUUUAUUGAAAUAGAUGAAGAAGGCACAGAAGCUGCAGCUGGAACUUUUACUACUGAGUUGUAUUCAAUCCCAGUCAAGAUGAUCCUAGCUAUUAAUUCCUUUAGUGAAGAGAUCUGA